UUGCUCAAGAUCUGUCCUGCUGGUGAUAGGCACCACUAUGUCUUCCCCAUCCCUCUCCGUCGCCGUCUGCCUCUACCCCAACCUCACCGCCCUCGACUACCAGGGCCCCAUCGAGUUCCUCGCCGCGCUCUCCGCCAAAGCCAAGCCCUUCAUAUUCAAGGAGCAAGCCGACGCGCUGCCCACUCUCGGCCCCUUCGUGUACCUCUCGCACACGCUCGAGCCCGUGGCGCCGGGCUUCUCUGGCGAGGCGGGCCCGCGGAUGACGCCGGACAAGACGUAUGGGGAGGCGAAGGAGCAGUUCGAUAUCCUGUUGGUGCCGGGAGGCCCGCCGGACGUCCCGCAGGAGUUGACCGACUUCCUGGUCCGCCAGCUCCCUGGUGCGAAGUACGUGCUCACCGUGUGCACUGGCUCCUGGAUCCUCGCCCGCACCGGCGCGCUAGACGGCAAGCGCGCUACGGGUAACAAGUUUAUGUUCAAGACCAUGCUUGCGGACACGGCCUCUCACAACAUCGACUGGGUGGCGCGCGCCCGCUGGGUCGUCGACGGCAAGUUCUGGACGAGCUCGGGCGUGACUGCGGGCAUGGAUAUGGCCAACGCUUUCGUUGCGCAGCUUGCGGGUGAGCCUGCGGCGAAGACGAUUCAGAUGGGGCUUGAGAUGCGCGCGAAGGACCAGGACAACGAUGAGUUUGCGGCCGUUCAUGGCUUGGUCUAGGACAGAAAUCUGUAGUAAUGAUUACAACAAAGCAAAAGAGGGUCAUCGC